AGGCUACUGAGAUACAAAAUAUUUUGUGAUGUAAUCAAUUUUAAUUUAUCAAUCAGCAAUUGAAAUAUCAUUUUUCAUAAUUUCAUGCUGCUUAUAAUAACGUCAGAACUUGUUUUAAAUGGGGUUCAUGCUUGAUUGGUCCUAAUACUGUAAUAUACUAUAUUUUUAUAAUUUGUUGCGAACCAUGCAUUCAAAUACAUUUCUAAUAAUUUGAAGCUAUACAGUUUGUUAGACUUUCUAAUAAUAUAUAAUGAGUAUAUUCAAUUUUAUCAAGCCCAAAUUUUCAUCCUUGAUUUCAGUGUUAAUAUAUGCAGUAGAGUAUUUUGAAUUUGCAGUGUUUCGUUUAAUUGCGUUGAAAGUCAAGUCAGCCAUGCUGAUGGUGUGAUCUUACUACUUAUUGACUGGACCAAGAAUCCCAAAUGGCAUUGGUCACCAACAGACAAAUAUCAACUAAUUCCCAGUCAUGGUUGGGAGCUGUUGACGUAGGAUAUCUGACAGAGUCAGAACGAGAUGCAAUUCUUGAUGUUUUGCAACGAGAUGAAAGUGUUCGUCAAAAAGAAAAUAACAGAAUAUCAGUAUUGAAGUCUGAGCUUCGUGAUGUUCGAAGAAAAGGUGCCAAACGAGCAGAGAAUUCAUAUUCAACAAGAAUUUGUGCAAGAUGUAAUAAUAAAACUGGAAUUAUAUUUAAUUCGGCUGCUCAGUGUCCUAUUUGCAAACAUAAGGUCUGCCAGCAGUGUAGGAUGACUGGAAUAUUCAGUAAAGAAUGGAAAUGUGUUGUCUGCUAUCAAGAGGCAAAACUUAAAGCUGAGACUGGUGAAUGGUUUUAUGGUUUGAUGCGACCUGAACUUCGAAGUAUGCAAGAUGGUCCAACCUUAGUUAAACAAGCUGUGAAUACAAAACCCAUCCAUUUUGAUCAAAGAUCAGAUGAAGUUUCAAAUCAUUCAAAAUCUGCUCCUGAAAUAACUUGUACUCCGGCAUCUUCGUCUAUUUCUAAAAGCUCUAAGAGAGAUACAGUCAGUCUGAAUAGUUUUGACACCGAAGAUACAGGCAGUUCUACAGAAUCUAGGAAACAAAGAUCUAAGAGAGGAAGACUAGGUCCUGCAGAGACUGGUUCUAUAGGUGAAUUGAGAAGACCAAGUCCGGUUCGACACACACGUUCAGGUAGUCCUCAUGGGAGCCCUACUCUUUCUCCCAGACAUAGAAGAACAAAUACUCUACCUUCAACUUCCAAUACGCCUCCUGGACCUGCCAAACCACCAAGAAUUGCUGACCUUGCAACUAUUAUGCUUGCUAACAAAAAGAAACAACAACAACAAGAACAACUGCAACAUACUAAACCUGAAGUUAGAAGACAAUACAGUGGGAUUGAGGAAAUUAACACUCAACCAUUCCUGCUAUUGCCUCGCAACAAAGCUGGAAUUGAGAUGGCAGAUCCUGCAAAUGACGACAGAUACUCUGAACAUGAUUCUAUCAGUUCUGCUGAAUCAAAAAGCAUAGAUGGUGUGUUUGAAGAAUAUAUUUCUCAGAAACAGCGAGAGGAGCAGAGGCAGAAUUCGGCUUUGACAGAAAGAUCUGACAGUCAUUACUCAUCAAAUAGUAGUCUUUCCAGUAAACACACGAGAUCGCACAAGUCUAACCACAGUGAAAGAUAUCUAGGAGAAACUGAAGAUCAAAUAUCACAACUUCCAGAACCAAGAGUUUCUACUUUACCAAGAAGAUUAAACGAGAAAUUACUCCGACAAAAUAAACUGAGCGUAUCAGUACCUACUGUAUAUGAACCAACAAAACAUAAUAGAACGUCACAACCUGGAUUGGUUGAGACAGCUAAGUCAUCGAAGGUUGAUGAUAAUCACAGUAAUACAGAUCAUGAAAGCAUGGAUUAUUCACUUGCUAUGAACAGAGAUUUAUCAACAUCUGUACCAAAUCUUACGAAAAGUACAACAAGCUUGAACAGUGUUGGUCAUCAUGAUUUACCCAUCACAGGAGAAAUCAAAUUUUCUUUAAAUUUCAAUUAUAAAACAAAUAUCCUUCUUGUCAACAUAGUCGAAUGUCGAAAUAUAGCAAUGGCAGACAAACGACGCAAGAGAUCUGAUCCAUAUGUCAAGGCUUAUCUUUUACCUGAUAAAAAGAACAAACAAAAAACAGAUGUGAAGAAACGAACAACUGAUCCCAAGUACAAUAAAUGUCUCAAAUUUUCCGUCAACCACAGCGAGCUGAGUACACGUGUUCUUGAACUAUCUGUAUGGCACGCUGGUACGUUUACAAGAAAUUUAUUUCUUGGCCAAGUUCAGCUUCCAUUGGAUACAUGGAACUGGGACAGCACUAAUCAAAACUGGUUCCCACUGAGACAAAGGGAAGCAAUUAAUGCAGAUUUUGUAAGAGAUACAAUUUAUAAAGGAGACCUAAUUGUGGGAUUGAAGUUUGUGUCACCUGGUUCAAUGACUCCUGGAAAACAUAAACCUCCAUUUGGAGAAUUGAAUGUCUUAAUAAAGCAGGCGAAGAACCUGACUCCUGUACGAUCUAAUGGCACAGUAGAUGCUUAUGUAAAAAUAAUGCUUCAACCAGAUAAACAAUUCCGCCAAAAAACUCCAGUGAUUCCAAAGAAUGCUUCCCCUGAAUGGAAUUAUAACAUUCGUAUGCAACUUUACCAACCUAUGGAAGAAAGCGGUUUACAACUAUCUAUAUGGCAUAGAGACAAACUUCAAGGAUCAACGUUUCUUGGGGGAAGUCGUCUCAAUUUGGGGAAGGCUGUCGGUGAACAAAAAUGGUUGGAUGCAGAAGGAGUCGAAAGAGAGCUGUGGUUGUCUGCUAUCAAUUCACCUGACCAAUGGGUUGAUGGCAAGUUAUCUCUUAGGCCAAGCAUGUGAAAUAAAUAACUGUCAACAUAUUUGUUAUAUUUAAAUUAUUAAUGAUUUUUUAUCAUGUCUGCUUCAAAACUUCCAUCAAAUUAUUGCUUGUCAAAAAUUUCAGCAUCACGAACAAAUUUUAUCUUAUCAUAGAUCCUGAAUCCUGAUAUAUUCUUUUCGUUUCCAUAAGUCAGUAAGGCCGUACUGUGAGGUAGUUUUGUUUUCAAAUUCCAUAACCAUUUUGAAUUGAUUGUUCUUAACUUAAGUAUGAGUGGCAUUUUACAACAUUGGAAAUCUAUAGAAAAACAGAAAUUUCAAUGAUAAUUUAGAUUUUUUGAAAACGCUUUCAUGGUGGGUUACAAUUAAAUUCUAAUCUAAAUGACAUGAUUAUUCUAGUUUAAGUAAAACAAUUAUAUCACUUUUUUAUACUUCAUAAUAUUAGUCUGCCACUUAUAACAGGUUGGUUAAACAUGAAUUGUAUUGUUGAUUCUGCUAAUCGAUUGCAUAAGCUAGAUUUUUCUUUAUUUUUAUUAAUUUUGUUGGGCAACUCAAUUUGACUGGCUUGGUGCGCAAGUAUAUUUUAAAUGUAUUUAUUGGGCAUUCCUUUACCAUUGCACCUAUGCACUUCAUGUACUCAAAUCUGUACUAUUCUUUCUACUCUGGAAACUGAAAAUGCACAGUGUCUAACAAUGAAUUGGUACUUAAAAUAGGGAAUAAAAAAUAUAACUUUUUGGGGCUUUGCAGUUUCCACUUACAAAUAACCUGAAUUCUUUAUUCAAACUUUUUUCUAGCAACUUUCUAAAGCAGUAUCUUUAUUUCCCAUCGAUAUUGUAAACAGGCUCAUUUUUUCUUUGAUUUGCUAAUUUCUAUAGUCGCUUGCACAUUUUGCCAAUUUCGUAAUACUCAUUAUAUUCAUUAUAGUUUUGCUAACUAUUAAUUUUAUUAUAAAUAAAAAUAGUACAUAGAUGUCAUGUUUCAUUAGUUAUUUUCUUUGGAUAGUAUAAUGUAUUGUACACUGUAUAUUGUGUAAACUAAUGUUUCUAGAACGUGAGGUGUAACACCAAUUUUAUCAGCUAUUUUACGGCUGCUUCAAAUAAUAGUACUAAGUUUUGCUGUGUUGAUUCAGUUUAAUGGCUCUAUUGUGAGGAUUGUGAAAAUCAAUUUUUUUGCAAAAUAUGUUAUCAUUAUCCUGCUGCUUGAAAUCCCACAUAUCUUGCUGAAGAGUACUUCCGUAGUGUGUGUACCAUGUUCGGGUUAGGUUAUAAUUUUAUUCCGAUUUUCCUUGUUUUAGUUCUAUUAAGAGUUCGGGGAUUGUCUGUGUUAGCCAAGUGAAUAUACCCCCUGCCCAUAGGUUUCCUUCCCUUUACACAACUUGAUGUGAAGUAGGGGAACAAAAUUAGGUACCUUCAUAUUGGUACACAUACUUCUGAAGUGCCUUUUAAAGUUUACUUGGUUUUGGGUUGUUCAUAUGGCCAUUCUCUGUCUGAUUCUCAGUAAAAACUGGUGCGGUUAAUAUACUGUACUCAGUCUGUCAUUUUCUCACAAUUUUGCGUAAAUUGCGAAUCCCCUUAUUUACAUGGUCAUAUCAAUGCUAGAUAAUUUUUGCAGUUGAUAGUUGAUGUUUUCAUUGGGUUGUUGCAAUAAAUUUCGGUUUUAAGUGUUCUCAUUUUGUCCAUCUUUAUUCUUAUAGUUGAUGCAAUUAUGUGUUAUCUAUGAUCAUCAUGUUAUUUCAAAUCUUUAUUGUUACAUCUCAAUAGCAUUUUCGAAAUAUAUCACCCUUGCUUCUAUGCAUGUGCGUGAUCUAGGCGUGUUAGAUAAUGUUAUUAGCAUUAUGUAUUCAUGCCAUAUGUACUCAAAUAUUCGCAGUAUAUUUUUCUACCUAUCACACAAUAGAUAAUACUUCUUUCUGAAAAUUUGUAUAAUACCACUAACAUGUUUCUAUAGUAGUUAUGUUGCUAAGUAUAGCUAAGAAGACGAAUAAAUCGUAACCUAUAACAGUG